AUGUCUGAACUCAUCGCCACCACAACCGUGUCUCCAAAAGCCACUACUCUGCCUCCCCUUCCAGCUGAAGACCCUCUGACGCCAGCCCAAUGGAAGACACUCCUCGCUAUUGCGGAAACCGUCGUACCGGCUGUGAAGCCCUCCGCAACUGCUCGGGGCAGAGCCGAGAUCGUCGUCACCGACAAUGAAUACUCGGCAACCGUAAGCAGACUUAGGGAGCUCACGCCAGACCUUGAUGGCGAGGAAGCCGCCAAAGCAUUGCUUCAUGACAACCCGGCAUUGGAUCCCGUAUUUAGAGAGGAACUUCGAAGAGUCAUCGCGCUCACCUUGCCUCAAUCGAACAAGAAGGAUCUCUCGAUGAUCUUGAACAUACUCAACACUCGCGCUGGAUCACUCGUACUUACAGGAAAACUAACGCCCAUUAGCAAUCAGCCUAUACGUGUGCGAGAAGCCAUUCUCCAAUCAUGGGCUACGGCACGGUUGCCUCUCCUGCGGCAGCUCGUUCGAUCCUUAGCCACUUUGUCCAAACAAACUUGGCUGAAAACAACCGAAACAUUGCCACGGUUUCUUGGUUACCCACGAGUACCAGUUGGCAUGGUUCCCGGGAAAGGCUUUGAUUACGAGUUCCUCCAGAUCCCUCCUGGUGAUCAGCCGGAGGUCAUUGAGACGGACGUUGUCAUUGUAGGUAGUGGUUGUGGAGGCGGAGUGUCCGCGAAGAAUCUAUCUGAGGCUGGACACCGCGUGAUUGUGGUUGAGAAGGCACAUCAUUGGACUCCGGAGCACUUUCCGAUGCGUGACCAGUAUGGAUGGAAUAACUUGUUCAUGCAUGGUGGAGCCAUCCAAUCCGACGACAGCACAGUGGCAGUCGUUGCAGGACAGACAUUCGGGGGUGGUGGUACGGUGAACUGGUCUGCAUCACUACAAACACAAGCAUUUGUUCGUAAAGAAUGGGCUGAGCGAGGGCUCCCAUUCUUCACAUCUGCAGAGUUCCAAGACUCGCUCGACCGCGUUUGCCAACGGAUGGGUGUUUCGACAGACUACAUCGAACACAGCCGCACAAACCAGUUAUUGCUCGAAGGCGCGCGCAAGUUAGGCUACGCGGCUAAGACUGUUCCCCAGAACAGCGGUGGAAAGCGACAUUACUGUGGUCAUUGCGUCUUCGGCUGUGGCUCCUGCGAGAAGCAAGGUCCAGUCGUUAGUUGGUUACCUGAUGCGGCUCGCGCUGGUGCAAAGUUCGUCGAAGGCUUCCACGCUGAAAAGGUCAUCUUUGCGAAACGAGGUGGGCAUCAGGUUGCCACGGGAGUAAGAGGUACCUGGAUCUCCAGAGAUAUCAACGGUGGUAUCGCAGGAGAUCCAGUUAUCAGACGGAAGGUGAUAAUCAAGGCCAAACGCGUAAUUGUUUCUGCAGGAACGAUGCAGUCGCCGUUACUGCUCCUACGAUCCGGGCUCAAGAACGAUCAGAUAGGGCGCAACCUCUACCUCCAUCCCGUCAUUCUCCAAGGUGGCAUACACAAUGAAGAAAUUGUACCAUGGGAAGGCGAUUGUCUGACGUCAGUCGUCAAUGAGUUUGAGAAUCUAGACGGCAAAGGCCAUGGGGUCAAAAUCGAGGCAACAAACAUGACGCCAACGGCCUGGCUUACCUUCUUGAACUGGAAGAAUGGUUUGGAUUACAAACUCAACGCUGCACGACUUAGGUACAUGACUGGCUACUUUGCACUCGCCCGCGAAAAACAUCCCGGCCAAGUCUAUCCAGACCCCCACGAUGGGCGCGUCCGCGUCAGAUACACAACGUCGAAUUUCGAUAAAGCCCAUCUCAUUGAAGGCAUCAUCGCCCUAGCCAAGAUGCUAUAUAUCCAAGGCGCAAUCGAGAUCUUUGCCAUGAUACCAGGCACCGAAUCUUUCGUUCGUGACCCAGCGACACCCGCUAGCGAAGGCGUCAACGACAACAAGUUCCAGGACUGGCUGGACGGUAUCAGGGCUAGAGGUCUCCCGAGCCCUGAGACCAUGUAUGUGUCCGCACAUCAGAUGGGUACGUGCAGGAUGAGUUCAAGAGAGAAGGAAGGCGUCGUGGAUCCUACAGGACAAGUUUGGGGUACGAAGGGCCUGUAUGUUGCGGAUGCUUCAGUAUUCCCGUCUGCGAGCGGAGUCAAUCCCAUGGUCACCAACAUGGCCAUCUCUGAUUGGAUUACUCGCGGGAUCGCGAAAGGGUUGGCAGAGCGGGCGAGGUUGUGA